AUGGAAUGUUAACAACAAACUCAACAAAAACAAAUCAAAGAACACUUAAAUGUGACGAGGUUGGAUGUAGUAAAGAGUAUAAUUGUUACGCAAAAUUGAAAGCUCAUAAAAUAACUCACACGAAUGAAAGACCUUUUAUGUGUAAUGUUUUUGGAUGUAAUAAGAAAUUUAAAAGAUCGGGAGAAUUAAUCAAACAUCAAUUAGAUCAUUUAAAUUGAAAGAUUUUAAUAUAGUGUUAGUAUAGGAAAUAUUAAGAGAAAUUAAAUAAA